UUGGUGUUAACUUUGCCAGAUUUUUUUUAUUUAUCCCAUCUUUUUCGACUCUUUCUCUCUCCUUCCUUCCUUCUCUAACUUUCUCUCUCUUCUUCCUCCGUCCAUCAUUAUCAUCCUCCUUCUCUACACCCACCUGCUUCUGCUCUUCCCUUUCUCUCUCCUCUUCACCAUUUCUUCUUUCCAGAUCCCUUUUUUCUAAGAUCAGCUUGAUUGUUGCUGGAGGAGAGAGAAAAUCAGGGAGAGGUUUUGGGUUUUGGUGAUUGGUAGGAGGAAGGAGUUUGUUAGAUCUGUUAACAAGAGGGAGGAGGAAAGAAAACGAUGUCGUUUACAGGAACUCAGCAGAAAUGCAAGGUUUGUGACAAGACUGUUUAUGUGAUGGAUCAGCUUUCUGCUGAUGGUAUUGCUUAUCAUAAGUCUUGCUUCAAAUGCAACCAUUGCAAAAGCAGGCUUCAGCUGCACAGUUUUUCUUCAAUGGAGGGUGUUUUAUACUGUAAGCCUCACUUUGAGCAAUUGUUCAAAGAGUCAGGGAACUUCAACAAGAACUUUCAGUCUCCGCCUACAAGACUACUAGCUGAAAAGUCACCUGAUAUGAAGCCUGAGCUGACAAGGUCGCCAAGCAAAGCCGCGAGCAUGUUUUCAGGGACUCAAGAAAAAUGUACAACUUGUUCCAAAACUGUUUAUCCCAUUGAAAAGGUGACAGUGGAAAACCAAUUCUAUCACAAGUCUUGUUUUAAGUGUUCCCAUGGUGGCUGCUCAAUUACCCCUUCAAACUAUGCUGCCCUUGAUGGAAUUCUCUACUGCAAACAUCAUUUCUCACAGCUUUUCAGAGAGAAAGGAAGCUAUGCUCAUAUUAUGAAGUCUGCUUCAAUCAAGCGAGCAGCAGCUCUGGUUCCUGAAGGCGUUGCAGCUGCUGUUCCAGCUCCUGAAUCUUGAGUGCCUGAUUUUUUUUUUAAAAAAAUGAAUUAUUUGGAUAGUGUUGCCUUCUUCCUGUGUGACUACCGUGAUAAGAAGUUAACAAAAGACUUUUGCCUCUCUGUUUUGUUGUGUAUUUAUCGUUCAUAUUGACUCUGGUGUAUGCUUAAAGUGAGCUUCGUGCUCUUUGUAACGCUUGGAGGAUGAAUUUUCUCAUAUAGUUCUCUGUUAACCAUUGCAUCAAGAAGAGAAACUAAAACCUAGUGACGAAUCUCUAUA